GCUCUGCGCCGUUUCGUCAUUUCCAAGCCGGUCUGGUCCUCAUCUCCGUCUCCGUCUCCGUCUCCGUCUCGUCUUCCCCGCCUCCACUAGCACGCUUUCUUUCCUCUCCAGUUUUUGCUCCCCUCGAGACGCAAAAAGCACCGAAAGGGUUGGGAGAAAGGACAGGUUUCGAGGACCUCAGAAGCCGUUGCUAUCUCCAUCUACUGCUGAGUAGAGCUCUAGGCUCCCAGCGCCGAUUUUCUUGAUUUAUUCUGCGCAUUUUCGUUUCCUCCCCAAGAAGUGGAGGAGGGGGAGGCAUGGGCUCUGGAUCCUUGCUCAAGGUUCUCGCCAAGAACUUCGAUGUUCUUUCUGGGCCUUUGGUUGCACUGGCAUAUCCUUUGUAUGCUUCGGUUAAGGCAAUAGAAACCAAGUCCCUUGUGGAUGAUCAGCAAUGGCUCACAUACUGGGUGCUAUACUCAUUAAUAACUUUGUUUGAACUUACUUUCGCAUCAAUUAUUGAGUGGCUUCCCUUUUGGUCCUCCAUGAAAUUGAUUUUCAUUUCCUGGCUUGUCUUGCCGUACUUCAAUGGUGCAGCCUAUGUGUACCAAAAUUAUGUGAGGCCUGUGUUUGUUAAGAACCAGAUGGUCAACAUUUGGUAUGUCCCUCAGAAAAAGGGCCUUUUUGGCAAAUCAGAUGACUUUCUCACAGCACUUAAUAAGUACAUUGAAGAAAAUGGACCUGAAGCGCUGAAGAAAUUGACAGACAAGGCUGGCAAGUCAUCCAAACAGUCCGGGAAAUUGUGGAAAGGAUCGAAAGAAUCAAAAUCGUCAAAGGAGUCGAAAGAACCGAAGGUAUCGAAGCCAUCAAAGGACUCAAAGCCCUUGAAGGAUUCGAAUGAAAAGAAGAAGCCAGUGAAGGAUUCGAAGGAACAGAAGAAGGCGCUGAACGACUCAAAAGAACUGAAGCAGUCACUGAAAGACUGGAAGGAGCUGAAGAAGGCACUGAAGGAUCCAAAAGAACCGGAGCAACUGAAAGAUUCAAAUGAACCUACACCAAAGAAGAGCAGCAAGCGUGUGACAUUCGCAGAGGUUGAGCCUGAGAAAGAAUUCAGGGUCUCCAACAGUUACUGGAAUCCAUCCACCGACUACCACAGCACAUACCCCGAGCAUAACUCAUGGAACAGUAGCUUUAUGAUCUUUGACGAAGGACAUAGUUACUGGAACCCCUAGUUUCUAUACUGACCAAUGCAGCUGCAGUAGGGUUUCGGUUGAUUAGAAGCGGUGAAAGGGCGUGUUUCGUCAUCAACCAUGGGAAUGGAGCUCACCCCCUAUUGUCUUUUCUUUUUCGUCUGCGGACCGUCCGCUCUGACCUGUCGUUGUGUAAUAUAUUUGUCCAGUGUUUUGUGUAACAGCAGAUGAGUAUAUGCACAAUGCAGUAAACGUAGGUCUAUGUAGAUUGGGUUACAGUGGUGAUGCUGUUUUUGAAGUACUGCUGAACCUUAUUAUUAGCUGGAAUAGUGGAGAUGAUACCGAAUCCAUUAUCAGGA